CCUGUGUGUGUGUGAUCGUCCCCUCUGGCGCGCUCAGGGAGAACAGCAUGUUUGCACACAGGCGACGACUGCUGCUGCUGCGAGCGAGCAUCUGUGCCUUUAAAGACUUGUAAGUGCGCCUCUGUCACAGUCAACUUCCCACAACUCUGUCCGACGCGCUCAGCGAGUAGAGUAGAGACACCUUAACCACAGAGGCACUGGCUCACCUUCACAGCUAGACCCAUGGAAUAAUCACUAUGGAAUACCACUGGAUACUGCUGUCUGUCUUUCUACAUUUAACCUUCCAUCCAGGCAACACCAAGCCCACCAUCACCCCCGCCGGCCCCCACCUUGUCAUCCCGCUCAACACACCUUUCGAGCUGCAUUGUCUGGGUGAGAAGGCCAUGCAGUGGCAGCGGGAGGACCGGCUGAAGGUGCGGGGAGAGAAAAAGAGCGCUGGGAUGUCCACACUGCGCAUCCCCAGGGCUCAGCCUGUUCACAUGGGCCGCUUCAUCUGUCUGGAGGAGAUCUCCAAGGAGCAAACCUCCAUCUACGUAUACGUGAAAGAUCCUGACAAUCCCUUCAGAAAAUCAAUGGUGUUCAAGAUUCUUACUCGUGUGGGAGAAAAUGCAACCAUUCCCUGCCUGGCAACUGAUCCAAGUCUGGACAACCUGCGCCUGGAAACAUGUUCCGGUAGAGCUUUGGCCUCUGGUCUCCAUUUUUCUGCGAGCCUGGAGCGAGGCAUCGUCAUCAGCAACACACAAAAGGCCUACGAGGGUUGCUAUGUGUGCACAGGAAGACUCAGGGAAGAGUUUGUCAGAUCACAUGAUUACUACCUGACAGUAAAACCAGUUCCCAUUGCACCUCCUGUGAUUGAGAUGCAGGGAACCAACAGGGUGAUUCUCACUUUGGGGGAGAGUCUCUCGCUCACCUGCAACACCACUAAUGUCAACGGAGAAAUCAAGCUAGAGUGGGUCACCCCGCCUGGCUCGGGUGCCGUCUGGUAUCCACAGCAACCAGCAGAGGUUGACAGUGCUUCGCGCAUCCUGACAGAGAACUUCACUCACGUGCGCAGCGCCACGUUGCAUAUCGCGGCAGUCAGACCUGAAGACGCCGGGAGGUACCACUGUAAAGCUGAGAAUGAAAAAGGGGUCAGCUCACGGUCAGUGUGGCUCAAAGUUUAUGAGAAAGGUUUCAUCAACUUAGCACCCCUAAGCAACAAAACCAUUCAUAUCCGUUCAGGCGAAAGUUUGACCCUAACUGUUGACAUGGAGGCUUAUCCAAAGCCGCACCCUUUCUCCUGGAGCUUCAUGGGCCAUGAGCUGAAGAACACAACCGACCAUGUCAUCACCACACACAGCCACGAAUACAGGUACAGCAGUGAGCUGAGGCUGGUGCGACUGAAAAUGUCAGAGGGCGGAGUUUACACCUUUCAAGCCUCCAACGGUGACGCUUCAGUAAACCACACAUUCACCAUCUUUGUGAUCAGUAAACCUGAGAUUGUGUCUCAUGAGGGCCCGGUGGAUGGACAGGUACGCUGUGUGGCGGAGGGUUUCCCUGCCCCACAGAUCACCUGGUUCUACUGUGAGCAGCCGUAUGCCAGGUGCUCCCAACAGGUGAAUGCCACCCAGGAAGAGAGCAAUGUCAUCACCGUCACCCUCUUCAGUCCAAUGUUUGGGAAGACGGAGGUGGAGAGUCGGGUGAAUGUGAGCAGGGGUCGAUUCAGUACUCUGGAAUGUGUGGCCACGGUAGAAGGAGAGCAGGCCUACACACUAUUUUCUAUCAGCGAGAGAACCGUUCCCCAUGAUCUGUUCACCCCUCUGCUAAUUGGCGCCGUAUCAGCAGCAGGCAUCCUCUGUCUCGUACUUAUCGUGCUGUUCUACAAGUACAUGCAGAAACCUAAAUACCAGAUUCAGUGGAAAGUCAUCGAAGGAAUCCAUGGAAAUAACUAUGUUUACAUUGACCCCACCCAGCUACCGUACGAUCACCAGUGGGAGUUUCCACGAAACAACUUGCGCUUUGGGAAGACACUGGGAUCUGGUGCAUUUGGGAAAGUGGUGGAAGCCACUGCAUAUGGACUCUCCAAAGCAGAUUCAGUCAUGACGGUGGCUGUGAAAAUGCUGAAAUCAAGCGCUCAUGCCACGGAGAAAGAGGCCCUGAUGUCAGAGCUGAAAGUCCUCAGUUACUUGGGAAAUCACAUGAAUAUUGUCAACUUGCUGGGAGCCUGCACUGUUGGAGGCCCAACACUGGUGAUCACAGAGUACUGCUGCUUCGGGGACCUCCUCAACUUUCUCCGCAGAAAAAGGGAAUCCUUCAUCUGCUAUAAGCUUGAAGAGGACUGUUACUACCGCAACGUCAUGCCGCAGAGAGACGCCACUGGUGACAGCUUGAACGGCUACAUGACCAUGAGGCCUUCUGCUGCUGGCAACCUGCCGUUCAGCUCAUCCUCCGAGAAGAGACGCUCGAUACGCAAAGGUGGCUCAUAUAUUGAAGCAGAUGCAGAGAGUGAAUUGUUUGACGAGGACGGUCUGUCUCUUGAUACCGAAGACCUCCUCAGCUUCUCACAUCAAGUGGCCAAAGGCAUGGAGUUCUUAGCCUCCAAAAAUUGUAUCCACAGAGAUCUGGCUGCCAGAAAUAUCCUCCUGACUCAAGGAAGAGUGGCAAAGAUCUGUGAUUUUGGCCUGGCCCGAGACAUCAACACAGACACCAACUACGUGGUCAAAGGCAAUGCUCGUCUGCCAGUGAAAUGGAUGUCUCCAGAAAGUAUCUUUGAGUGUGUCUACACAUUUGAGAGUGACGUGUGGUCGUAUGGCAUCUUGCUUUGGGAAAUUUUCUCACUGGGAAACAGUCCAUAUCCUGGUAUGCCGGUGGAUGCCAAGUUCUACAAACUGAUAAAAGAAGGAUACAGAAUGGAUGCUCCAGAGUUUGCACCCAGUGAAAUGUAUCAGAUUAUGAGGUCGUGCUGGGAUCCUGACCCCUUCAACAGACCCCCCUUCAGGAAGGUCGUGGAAAGGAUCGAACAACAGCUGUCAGAUGCCACUAAGCAUAUUUAUCUGAACUUUAGCUCCAGGCUUCCUGUGACGCCCAGAGGCAGGGAGGAGCCCAGUUCUCAAAAUGCUGCACUUCAGUGUCUCAACUCAACUGGCAACAACAGUACUCCGACCCAGCCCUUACUGGUCCAGCACGAGGUCUUCCUGGAGGGGACAACCCUCAGAGCCCAACGGGUGUAAGGACCCACCCAACCUGUCUGGCUGCCUCAUAAAGUGCCUCUGAUAUUCUGCCACAAACCAUCCAACCACUACACCCACUCACCCAGUACCAGCAGCAUUUGUUUUCACGUGUUGCAGAGGAAUGGUAAUUGCCAUCUUUUACCAGAAACAACAAAGGACAAAUGGCUUUUAUCAUUAUCAUAACAAUACUUGCCUGCAGAUUACAGGGAGGACAGUUGGACUAAUGUCCCCAUAGUCAUAGCAAAGAACUGUAAAGGCACCGGUGAGGGUGGAGGGACAUCAACUGUUCCCCUAAAACUGUCAUUACGUUCAUUAUCACACUGUUAUCUGUCUUGUUAUUUUGUGGGGUUUUUUGUUGUUUUUUCAGUUACAUUUUUCCUAACCAUUUCAUAAAGGUCGUUUUAUUUCUUUCUAAUAAUUGGAGUUUAUUUUUUCUUUUUACAUUUUUUUUGUGUUUUGUUAUUCUUUGUUGUUUUUCUGUCGUGGAUAUUUAUGUAGCAUUUUAUUUUGGUUGGCUGCUGCAACUGUCAGAGGAAAAGCAUUUGAGGCACUUGAACUUCACAUCAUUACAAACACCACAUAAUGCAGCUUUCUUUUCUUUUUUUUACUCUUUUAUAGUCAGUAUUAUUUCCAACUUUUCACAUCUAUAUUGAUAUGAAGGAGACACUUUUCUGGGGGCCAAUUUAAAUAUAGAUAUCGAGACACUGGUAUAUAAGCUAUUAGACAGCAUGGUCAGUCAUGCUUAGAGUCCAUAAGUGCUUCAAGUCAAUUAGGAGAUACAUUUCUGCUCCUUUUAUGUUGGAUGUCACCAUCUAGAAAGCAAACUCUUCACUGGAUCUGUAAACACAUAACAUAGAUCAGCCCACAAUUGCUUCACACACGCAGUCAUCUUCUGAGAUAUGAACAUGGUACGCUAGCUUUUCAUAUAUGUGCUUUGUGACUGUAUAUGUGUACAUAUCUGUAGGUAAUGAUAUUAGUCAUUGCUGUACAAUGAGCUGGGAAGUUAACCCAUUUGCCAGAAGAAACUUUGGCACUGUACUUUUCUGCAAACCACCAAUAUGUAACCUUUGUGUUUUUAUGUAGCAGAUAUGCUGAAAGUUAAUGUUUCUGUAACUUUCAGCAAAGCUAUGAUUAAUUUCUGCUUAUGCAAAAGUGCAAAAAAAAAACCACUUGAAUACAGUUAGGAAAAGAUCAUGUUUUGACUUUUGUGUGACAAUUAUGGCAGGAAGUGUUGCUGUCUGGCUAAAAAUCACUAGGUUUUUGUUGCACAAUAGACUUGAAAAUGCAGCUCAAUCACAGCUGGAAGUCCCACUGGUCCCAGUUUUGGUUACUCAAUUGCCUCAAACGCAGCUGAUAUUUCACUAGAAAACUAAAUUUGGUGGCACAAUUGCAGCUGAAAACUGCAAAGUCUUGCUAAAAAAGUGACAUAGUCAGCUCAUGUACAUGUAAUCAGAACUACAUCACUUUAUAAAUGUUGAUAUGAAACCUAUAAAAUGCACUAAUGUAACGUGUGAUUUGCAAAAACCUACAAUGCCAACAUUUUCUUCUGGUGACUGGGCUGGAAAUUAAACGUGACAAAGAGGACACUCUGAGAAGCCUGUAACUCUUCGCGUUCACCUUGACUUUGUUACUUAAGCAUGUAAUGUGGGUGUAUAGUUAUGACAGCUGGACUGCUGGAGAGGUCUCUUGUAAAAGUGUAAAAAAGUGUUCAGCUUUAUAUGGUUUGCCUCUCCAGUUACAUCCAGUGUAUAAUCUUUGUUUACAAGCAUGAGACAGGUACUGCCAUUUCUGAGGUGUUUUCUCUGCUUUUCUCCGUCUUCCCCCUCAUGAAGGACCAGGAAACGGGAACCUUUCUGUUUUGGCUGAGAGGUAAUUGGUUUUUGCUCAUGCUGUGCUGUAGAUCUUAUUGUACAGUAUAUAUUAUGGACAAUGUCAGGGCGAUGCUCAUGUGAAAUGCCAUUAAGUGGACUGCAAUAUUCCUUGAGGUGAUGAGCCUGAAGAGUUCGCUGGAUACAGCGUUCAAUCUCAGCGUGUUGGUCAUCUCAUUGUUCUCGGACCAGUAGCUGGUUUCCCGGCAGUUCUUCUCUUCUUUGUAUCCAGCUGUUUCCUCCAGCACAAGUGGGACUUUCAGCUCCUGUCAGCCAGUAGUCUGUAUCAGUCCAGACCAUGAUGAUUCCCCUCUUCUCACAGGUGGAUGUUGUUGUGAAGAGCACCAGGAAAGUGUCCUGUUUGUGUGUGUGUUAACGUGUGUGUGUGUGUGUAACUGUGUGAGAGAGAGAGAGCAUCACGUGUACUUGUGUGCAUGACUGUGUGACUGCAGAUUUAAAAGAAUCACUGUCAAGAGGUGCCACUACUAAAUAUUCAUUUAGACUAUAAAAACCCCACCGUCUUACUGCUCUGUCUUUUUGUAAAUAUAAAUGUGCGUAUAUAUUGUAAAGUUAUAUCAAUGCUUUUGAAGAUGUUUAUCUCAAUGAAGAUGUGGUACACUGAUGCAGAGUUUUAUUAUGCUGUAUUUUCUUAUGUGUGCACAGAUUUCAAACUGGGGGUUUAACUGGAAAAACACAACAAAACACUGCGUGUGUUUCUGUCACCAUGGUAACUUAAACGGAGGAAAUUCACUUUGGCUAAUGUUUUAAUUUUGGCUGAUUUCGCCAGUUAUGCCAACUCACUUGGUAACUGGCUCAUUUAAACAGACUAAACUGCUCCCAGUGGUCAUAUCUGAUCAGUAGGAAAAUUAUAUUACUGAAUUUAACAGCCAGGAAGGAAAUGUUUCAGAGUAAUAGAGAUAUUUUUCAUUAUUUCAUUGAUCCCCUAAGAGUUUUUCCUGCAUUUUGCUACAUAUUUAUUAAACCUGAGGCUUUAGUGUUACUGUGUAAAUUUGAUGUGUUGCUGAUACAUGUGUCAAUGUAAAUAAAAUUGUGUAUAUUGAA